GAGCACGGAGAGCGCUCUUCCUGCGGUCAGCUCUAUGUGACAGCCAGCACUGGCGCAUUGUCUUUUCCCCCCCCCAUUCCAUUUUAUUUUUCACCCCACUCUUACAUCGGACCCUUGAUACACCGACUCCAUCCGGACGGAAGGGUCGCUGCUGGUCUUCUCCAUCAUGGGCAACAGGGACGAUGAAUACGAUUUCUUGUUCAAAGUUGUUCUUAUUGGAGACUCAGGCGUCGGAAAGAGCAACCUGCUGUCACGCUUCACCCGCAACGAGUUUAACCUGGAGAGUAAAAGCACGAUCGGGGUGGAGUUCGCGACCCGCAGCAUCCAGGUGGACGGCAAGACGAUAAAGGCGCAAAUUUGGGACACGGCCGGGCAGGAGCGCUACCGGGCCAUCACCUCAGCCUACUACCGGGGUGCAGUCGGUGCUCUGCUGGUGUACGACAUCGCCAAACAUCUGACAUACGAGAACGUGGAGCGCUGGCUGAAAGAGCUGAGGGACCACGCUGACAACAACAUUGUCAUCAUGCUGGUGGGAAACAAGAGUGACCUGCGCCACCUGAGGGCAGUGCCAACCGAUGAGGCCCGGGCUUUUGCAGAGAAGAAUAACCUGUCAUUUAUUGAAACCUCAGCUUUGGAUUCAACCAACGUGGAGGAGGCGUUCAAGAACAUUCUCACAGAGAUCUAUCGCAUCGUAUCACAGAAGCAGAUCGCCGAUCGAUCAGCUCAUGAUGAGUCUCCAGGGAACAACGUCGUGGACAUCAGCGUGCCGCCCACCACGGACGGGCAAAAGGGCAGCAAACUGCAGUGCUGCCAAAACCUGUAACCAUGAUGACCAACCAUCACCCACCCACCCCCCAAACCUCCACUACACUCAUCUCCCGUUUUCUCUCUACGUGUCGUGCCGCUGACGUUCGAUUUGUGUAAUAUAUUUUUUCUUUUUGAUAGCUUCUCAACUCACAUACGCACACAUACCGAGACAGAUACUCGCACACAUACACACACUUCUGACAUGAAAUAAAAUUUUACAGUACAAA